AUGUCGUUGGGGCCACAGGGAGCGUAUGUGGCUGGGUCAUCCAUGGUUGCGUCUCUCAACGACGUGACUAAGCUGUCCCUCGCAUUGUUGCCUCGGCACAAACACGAUCGUUCAAAGCAAGCAGUAAACCAAACGGGUGACAGUGGGGGGUUGCUUUUUCAAUCGCCCAAGACACUCGCCGAGAUGACCACAGGGCAGAGCUUCAACUCGCUUAUGACCAACGUGGGACCCUGGCUGGGACUGUCGUACUCACCCUCGGGCAAUUCACUUGCAGCCGGCUAUGGCUUUGACAUUGUGGGGGACGUCAUGCAUGGCGAGCAUUUCUUUGGGGUGUUGGGCGUGGCGGGGUACGUCCCCUCGCACGGGUUAGGGGUGGUGCUGAUGUCGAAUGCCGAAGCGGCGGUAGGGGGCCUCUUCAGCGCGCAGAUGGUCAUACCGCUGGUACACUCGUACAUUCUAGGCGUGUACUUGGACAUCCCCAUCGCCACCCUCGAAAACGAGUUUGCGAACGCCAUUGCCGCCAUCGACCACCGCGCUCCCGUGCUCCCGUGUGACCCCCAUUACUUCGAAAACAAACCGUGGGAUGUGCCUGGGGUGGUCAUUCCAGAUAAGACCAAGCGCCAGCUCGUGGGGACGUAUAAUAGCACCGAGUCGGUGUUCUACGGGGGCGUUGCCGUGUACAUUGACCAUGAAGCCAAAGACAGGGACCUGGUUCUUCAAUAUGGAGAGUACGCGCGUCGGUUGAUUGCAACGGGGAACGAUGGUGUGUACAUGUGGGCGUUGGAAGCCCGCGGGAUGACGUUUGUCGUGCAGUUCGUCGACAAGGACGCGAGCGCCGUGCAAUUGCAUUUCUUUGGGAAAUCGUUUUUUCGCCGUCCGCCCACAAACCUGGGUUACGCCGUGCCGGCCUUGAUGUUUUUCCACAUUCCCAUCCCAGAGUACAACCAAGGACCGGUGCUGCAAGUGGGGGAUGUGAAGGCUUCAUUUUGGGGCCACAACCACUUGGAUGCCUUUUACCAAGAAGAACGCGAUUCAGCAUGUGCAUCAGCGGAAGUUCUGGCUACGGCUGGCUGA